GUUUAUUAAAGAGAAUAUAUAUUUUAUUAAUUAAUUAAUUAUAAAGAAAUAGAAAUAAAUAAAAAUAAAUUAAAAUGGUGCUAAUGACAAUGAUAGCUCGCGUCGUCGACGGCCUACCUUUGGCCGCGACAAUGCAAGAAGAUGAACAGUCUGGAAGGAGUAUAUUAGAAUAUCAAAACCAAGCUAAAUUAUUAUUUCGAAAGCUCGGUAUUCAGUCUCCGGCAAGAUGUACUUUGGAAACAGGACCGUAUCUUUUUCAUUAUUUAAUAGAAAAUGAAGUGUGUUAUCUAGUGUUAUGUGAAAGAAAUUAUUCUAAACGCUUAGCAUAUUCGUAUUUGGAAGAUAUCGCUCAAGAAUUUCAUUCGCAAUAUGGCAAAAAGGUGAAUACUGUAACAAGGCCCUACACAUUCAUAGAAUUUGAUACGUACAUUCAGAAAGCAAGAAAAGUUUUCACAGACAACAGAGCACGUCGAAACAUGAGCAGUAUCAAUAAUCAACUGCAGGACGUACAACGAAUCAUGGUCCAGAACAUUGAUGAUGUUCUACAGAGGGGAACUGUCCUAUCAGAAUUGGAUACAAAAACCCAAAACCUCUCGAUGUUGUCCCAAAAGUACAAAAAGGACGCGACUUAUCUUAACACCAAAUCUUUGUACGUAAAAGCAGCAGCCGGUUGCAUAGCCGUCUUUGUAUUUGUUUUAUAUUUCUUUGUUUUGUAGUAAAUUAUUUAUUGUAUUUGCAUAUUUAUAUAAUGAUAACAUUUAAAGGAACUUGAUUGUUUUAUUAUGAAUCUUGCCAAAUUUUGAAACAAUGUUCAAUUUUUUUGGCAAAUCAAGAACU